AUUCACUUAAAAAUAGUUAGCUUAUCUAAAUAUCCGUAUUAAUUGACUCCUGGUGACUUGUCUAGUUUAAGAUAAACUUUUUAAAUUAAUUUUUGCGCACUGAGCAAUUUUAUCGUGUUAUUGUGAUUUAGAGAAUAAAGUUGCAGAAUCUAUUGAUAUAUCGAUUGCAAUUUAUAAGAAAUACAUACUGUAUUAACUUUAGUGUAUAUUUGGAACAAAGGAAAUAAUAAACUUAAGGAUGAGGAUUGCUUUCAAUAAAAUAGUAAUUAAGUGUGAUGAAAGUUAGAAAGGGUAAUCAGAUUGGCGUUUAAUGAGUUUUAAUAAGGAAAGAAUUAAUAGUGUAAAAUAUUAAAAAAAACUAGGUGAUUGCUAUAUAAAUAUUAUAAAAAUUAUAUACUUUAGAAAAUAUCUUUUUUGA